AGCAGAGAAAGUGACUUUUUUUAUAUUAUGUAGUGAUGUGUUUGUCUGAGAGUUACGUAGUGCAGUAUAGUAUUGUGUUAUCUGUGGUAGAACUACAGUAGUAACUUCUUCUUAAUCUGUUAAUGUGUUCCUGAUAUGCGUGUGGUAGAAUGCGGUUUGCGGAGUAACUAGUUCGUACUUUGUAGAAUCUGUGUGUGUAAACAUAUAAAUUUCGUUUCAGUUUAUUUUUACGAUAUUAUAACACUAUUUUAUAAAAGAUUCAAGUACGCUGUGAAUUAAUAUUAAGAUUGUUGUGUAUGUUAAAAUUGUUUAAAUACGGUUUGUUUGUUGAGCCAUUGUUUUUUUAUUGUAUUUUGCAAAGUUAUUGUAUCCAAAUUCCAAAACAACCCUUGUUAUUUAAAAUGGAUAGCAAUGAAACACAAGUGACCGAAGAAAUUAAAUUCAAAAUCAAUGAAACGCAAGUGACUGAAGAAAUUAAAUUUAAACCUAAAAAGAAGAAGAACUUGCGUCAGCGAGUUAAAUUGGAAGACGAUGACGAGGAAGAUGAACAGCAAAUUUUGGCAAAAUUGGAACAUGCGAAAGAGAUUCAGAGGCUUCGUGAACGACCUAACGGUGUUAGUAUUGUAGCUUUGGCAACUGGACAAAAAACAACAUUAGAAGAUGAAAUAACGUGUAAAGACCCGUUUAAAGUCAAAUCCGGCGGAUUACUUAACAUGCAAGCGUUGAAAGGUGGAAAAAUAAAGCAAGUUGAUGAUGCUUAUGAUACGGGUAUUGGUACUCAGUUUUCUGCGGAGACAAAUAAACGUGAUGAAGAUGAAGAGAUGAUGAAGUAUAUUGAGGAGCAACUGGCGAAACGAAAAGAAGGUAGUGAUAAAAAUAAAAAAGAAAAUGAUGAAAAUGACACCCUGAAAUACUUAUCACCUGAAGAAGCUGCACUACUUUCAUUACCGGAACAUUUGAGGGUUUCUUCCACGCAUAAGUCAGAGGAAAUGUUGUCGAAUCAAAUGUUAAGUGGCAUUCCAGAAGUUGAUCUAGGUAUAGAAGCUAAAAUAAAAAAUAUUGAGGCCACAGAGGAAGCCAAGAUGAAACUACUUUGGGAGCGGCAAAAUAAAAAGGAUGGACCAUCACAAUUUGUUCCCACUAACAUGGCUGUAAAUUUUGUACAACACAAUAGGUUUAAUUUAGAGAAUGCUAAUGUUAAAAAAAGGAAGGUGGAAAAGGAAGAAAUAGUAAAGAAUGAAGCCAGAGUGGUAACGUCAAUAGAUGAAAGUGUUGACAAAAUAGUUAAAAAGGCCAAAGGGGAAAGAGCAACUGAUGAUUAUCAUUAUGAGAAGUUUAGGAAACAGUUCAGGAAAUAUUAAUAUGACUGUGGACAUUGUUAUUAAAAUGAAGUAUAUCUGCGGUUUGAUUGACAUCAAUAAAUAAGAGAAUUUUUUUU